AACAAAUAUGGGUCUAAGAUGGUGAUUUGUUUGGCGAUUAACCCUUACAAUUGUAUAUAAGCAGUCCAUUUCUCUGAUCAGAGAAUGAGAAAAAGAAACUACUGAGAGAAGAUUACCAGACUGAGCAGUUUUCUCGACAUCUGAGGCAGAUCGAACACCCUUAUACCAUGUAAAGAACAACAAAGGAAAGUUGUUGAUUUGAGUAAAGAACACCCUUCUCCACUGUGAUCCCACAACAAAGAACAAGCAGAAAUGGAGGACAAAAUCACUGCAGAAAACGGCAAAACUGAAAUCGAAAAAGACGGUUCCAUCGCUGGGUUCGAUUCUUUGCACCGCCUCCUCCAGUCCUCCCUUCCUCCUCACCUUUUUCAGGAAGCUAGCCGAUUGCUUAUUGGGCUAAACUGUGGAAGAACGCUUGAUUCUGUUGCUCUUCCCGAGCCUGCCAAAUCCCUUUCUGUAGAACAUGAUUUUGAUCUUCAGGCAUUUUCGUUUCGUGCUGAUACUGAAUCACUGAGAGAACCUCGCAAUGUGAGGGUGGGCCUGGUUCAGAAUUCUAUAGCUCUUCCAACUACAGAACCAUUUCUUGAUCAGAAAAGGGGCAUAUUUCAGAAAUUGACACCGAUCAUUGAAGCUGCAGGCGCUUCUGGAGUCAACAUAUUAUGUUUGCAGGAGGCAUGGACGAUGCCAUUUGCAUUCUGCACUCGCGAGAAGAAAUGGUGUGAGUUUGCAGAGCCAAUAGAUGGAGAAUCGACAAAAUUUCUUCAGGAGUUUGCUCGGAGGUACAAUAUGGUUAUAGUAAGCCCUAUCCUUGAAAGGGAUGUGAACCAUGGGGAGACACUCUGGAACACUUCCGUGAUAAUUGGAAAUCAUGGUAAUAUAAUCGGGAAGCACAGGAAGAAUCAUAUACCUAGAGUUGGGGAUUUUAAUGAAAGCACGUACUAUAUGGAAGGGAAUACUGGGCAUCCUGUGUUUGAGACAGCUUAUGGAAAGAUUGCUGUCAAUAUAUGUUAUGGAAGACAUCACCCUCUUAACUGGCUAGCUUUCGGCUUAAAUGGUGCUGAGAUUGUUUUUAACCCAUCAGCAACUGUCGGUGAACUAAGCGAACCAAUGUGGCCCAUUGAGGCACGUAAUGCAGCCAUAGCCAACAGUUACUUUGUAUGUUCGAUCAAUCGUAUUGGGACUGAACAUUUCCCAAAUCCAUUCACCUCAGGAGAUGGGAAGCCACAGCAUACAGAUUUUGGACAUUUCUACGGUUCCAGCUACAUAUCAGCACCCGAUUCCUCUUGCACGCCAUCUCUAUCCCGUCACAAGGAUGGCUUGCUGAUAUCGGACAUGGAUCUCAACCUCUGCCGGCAACUGAAGGACAAGUGGGGAUUUCGCAUGACUGCCCGCUAUGAGAUUUAUGCAGAUUUGCUUGCUCGUUACGUGAAGCCCUAUUUCGAACCCCAAAUCAUUUCUGAUCCACUGUUGCAUAAGCAAACCAUGUAAGGAGAACUGAAAGUAACUGGGAAUUUGGUUCUGAACUUGGAGUGUGCUUUUGCCAUGGGGAUUCCAAGCUUCUGUACAAGGUUGUGUUUGUGAAUAGUUUUAUUUUUACUCAACGUUAAUGCUCGUCAUAAUUUAAUUUGUUUGUGGUAACUUUGGGACUUGCAAAGCUUCCAUGAAUAAAUCUCGUGUUGUAUUUAAGGUCUGUCAUUAUUCUAUUAAGUUAAGCUUUUUUCUAAA